ACUCCUGAUUACUAUGACGAAUCGUGUCCAGGCGCAUUUUCGUUGAUUAGAGACAUUGUGGAGAAUGCAGUUUAUAGGGAGUCACGCAUGGGAGCUUCGCUGCUCCGUCUACACUUCCACGACUGUUUUGUAAAUGGUUGUGAUGGUUCAGUUUUAUUGGAUGACACUGAAGACGUGCCGGGUGAGAAAAAUGCUCCAGCCAACAAAAAUUCCUUAAGGGCCUUUGAGGUGGUAGAUCAGAUCAGAGAGGCGGUUAAUUCAUUUUGUGGCGAUGAUGUAGUCUCAUGUGCAGAUAUUUUAGCUAUUGCAGCUCGUGACUCUAUCGUCGCACUGGGAGGUACUACGUAUGAUGUCCUAGUUGGGAGGAAAGAUAGAAGAUAUGUAAGUCUUACUAAUGCAAGCAGCAUACAAAAUCUUCCUGCCCCAUUUUUCAACUAUUCAGCUCUGGUCGCCAAUUUUGAGUCUCAUGGGCUAACUGAGAAAGAUAUGAUCACCCUCUCUGGCAGUCACACUGUUGGGUCGGCACAAUGUUUUGUCUUCAGAAAUCGUGUUUAUAACGACACCAACAUAAACAAAAGUUUCGCAUCUUACUUGCAAAAAAUUUGCCCAAAAAGAGGACAAGACUCCAACCUACAGCCACUCGAUAGUGGAUUUCCUCUCAAUAGAUUCGACAACAAUUACUACAAGAAUUUGCUACAAAACAAGGGUCUCCUCCAUUCGGAUCAAGAGCUGUACAAUGACGGUACCGGUGGGUUUAGCUUUAACAAUAUUAUGGUGUGGUAUUACAGUUUGGAUCAGAAUGUGUUCAUGAAUGAGUUUGGCAAGUCCAUGAUCAACAUGGGUAACAUUUGUGUUUCAAUACCUCAUCAUGAUAAAUAUGAGGUUAGAAGGGAUUGCAGGCGACUCAACUAG